AUGGCUGUCCUUGCACGAUAUUACUGUUCUGGUUAUUAUUAUAACGAUUGCUACAGCAGUAGCUGGGACCUCUGGGGUCGAUGGGUAGCAUUUGCAGUCAUUGUCGGCUCUGCCUCAAUGCUCGUCGUCGCCGCCGUCGUGGUAUCCGCCCCAUCACGGGCACAGGAUGGAUGGCCCCUCCCCCCAGGGCCUCCCCCUCCAAACCAGCCUUAUUACGGCGGAAUCCAGAAUGAUCUCUAUGGCUCACCACCUCCUCCACAAUACUCGGCCAAUCCCCAGAAUUAUGGCUACUUUGGCGCGCAACAUUCUGGACCACAGCAAAACGGCAUCGAGCUGCAACAACCGGCCCCUACCCACGCUGGUGCGCGGACUUAUAGCCCACCUCCCGGCCCGCCCCCUCCGAAGGUGUAG